AUCUGGCUAAGUCUGGACCCCUUCCCAAGAUGGCCGUCUUCGACUUGGAUUACACCUGCUGGCCGCUGUGGGUAGAUACUCACGUUGAUCCUCCAUUGAAGCGCAAGGGAGAGGCAAUCAACAAAGUCGUGGAUAGAUACGGCCAAGCACUAUCCUUUUAUCCGCACGUGCCCUCCAUCUUCUUCUUCUGCCAAAGACACAACAUUGCUAUUGCAGCUGCCUCACGGACCUCAGCCCCCUCAGCAGCUCGGCAAGCCCUCAACGGUCUCAUACUCAUAGACGACUCUCCCUCCUCCUCCUCCACACCAAAACAAGUCAAGUCCUCCUCCCUCUUCAAGUACACCGAGAUCUACCCGGGCUCCAAGCUUACCCACUUUAAGAAACUCCAUGCGGACAGUUCGAUCCCUUAUUCGGACAUGAUCUUCUUUGACGACGAGCAUCGCAAUGGAGAAGUGGGCAAGUUGGGCGUAUUGUUCGUCGAGGUGGGAAGUCAGGGAUUGGAUUUGGGAACAUUCACAAAGGGCGUUGCGGAAUGGAGGGCGAGGAGGAGUGCCAGGGGAGAGGAUGAGGGGAGGAAGGAGGCCGAUCCUGCGACCAAGAUGUGAGAGCAGGCGAGACAGUGUACAGCGAGGCAUGUCACGCUACAGGGAUACCUGAGUAAUCUAUACCAUUGCUAC